AUGAUUCUCCUCUUCUCACCCCGACUUCCCCCCCAAUUCGGAUUUCGUAUGAUUCUCCUCUUCUCACCCCGACUUCCCCAAUUCGGAAUUUCGUAUGAUUCUCCUCUUCUCACCCGACUUCCCCCCAAUUCGGAAUUUCGUAUGAUUCUCCUCUUCUUCCCGACUUCCCCAAUUCAGAUUUCGUAUGAUUCUCACUCUUCUUCCCCGACUUCUCCCCCAAUUCGAAUUUCGUAUGAUUCUCCUCUUCUUCCCCGACUUCCCCCAAUUCAGAUUUCGUAUGAUUCUCCUCUUCUCUUCCCGACUUCCCCAAUUCAGAUUUCGUAUGAUUCUCCUCUUCUUCCCGACUUCCCCAAUUGGGAAUUUCGUAUGAUUCUCACUCUUCUUCCCGACUUCCCCCAAUUCGGAAUUUCGUAUGAUUCUCCUCUUCUUCCCCGACUUCCCCAAUUCGGAAUUUCGUGUGAUUCUCCUCUUCUCCCGACUUCCCCAAUUCAGAUUUCGUAUGAUUCUCCUCUUCUCCCCGACUUCCCCCCAAUUCAGAUUUCGUAUGAUUCUCCUCUUCUUCCCCGACUUCCCCCAAUUCGGAAUUUCGUAUGA